AUGGCGAACAUGCGGUUCGCAGUCAGCUUCCAGAGGUUCUUCCCGUACCUGGGAUACCAUCACAUUCUUAUGAUCCUGAUAGCGAUAGCUAUCGUCCUUCUCUCACUCCUCCUUGCCGGAUGUUCCUCCUCAUCGCCCUUAAUACCAGGCAUUUUCCUCAUCUCCCUUUACUACGAGCACUACACGCCAGUGUACGACCCGGCACAAGUAGACCCAGGCGUCGCGACCGCGAUAGCCAACAUAGUCGGCACUGCGUCGCUCGAGGUGCGCGUCGGAUACUUCGGGAUCUGCGUCAACGCGGACGGCGGCUCGUUCCUGUGCUCGAACAACGCUACCGCAUUGGCGCAGCAAGUGUCGAUAGAUCAAGACCCGCUCAAUCUGAUCUGGGUGGCGAGCACGUUCAAGGACAGCGUUGUGUUUCCUUACUUGAUCAUCGUAGCCAUCAUCCUCGCCUUUCUAACCUUCAUCCUCCUCGCCACCUUCCCCGGCUGGCACGAAGAACAAGACGCAAACACCGGCUCCGAAGUGGACGUCAAGCCCUUCCCCUCGCGGCCCGUCUCGCAAGUCGCGCUGGCCCUCAUCUUCAUCGCCUCCAUCUUCGUGCUCGUCUCCGUGCUGUGGCAGCACACGGCCUCGGUUGCCGCGGCCACCGUCGCGCAGGACCUCGGCAACGGCAGCGUGAGAAGCGGCGUCGGGACCAGCGCGAUGGUGCUCGGCUGGUUUGGGUUUGUGUUGCUCAUCAUUGUUACCAUUGGGCUGCUGGUUAUGAUUCUGAGUAUUGUGGCGCUGGAUCGGUUGACAGGGUCGUGA